AUGGAGGACCAAAUCAAUGAGCUCUCCAACGGCGCCCCCGCCGUCGAGGUAGAGGCCGGUCCCUCCCCGCCAACCCCACCAAAUCACUCGAAGCCGGCGGCGCAAGCGACGAUGCGCCGGCUGCCACCCCCGAGCGAGACGAGCGCAAACAGCGUCGGAAAGAGAAGCGGCAGACGAUACGGGCGCGCAAGCGAGACGUAUGCUGCUGCCGCCGCCGAAGCCCGCGCCGCCGGCCUCGAUCCCAAGAUCGUGUUGGCGCACCCCAAAACGCAGAGUAUAUCGGUCCCCAUCUCCAUCAUAAUAGACUGUAGCUUCGAAAGUUACAUGGUGGACAAGGAGCUCGUCUCCCUGUCGAGUCAGAUACAAAGAGCGUACAGCGAAAACCGGGCGGCCGAGUACCGGCCGCAUUUAUUCGUCAGCUCAUGGGGAGGCAAGAUCAAGAACAGGUACGAGGUCGGCAUGAACGCCACUCAUCAGUACUGGAAAGGGAUACGCUUUAUCGAGGGGGAUAUCCUCGACGCAUCCAAGGAGGCCACUGAGCUGGAAGAUCCCAAUAGCGAACCCGAAACCGUGACGACGGACACUAUCGUCUACCUCUCCUCCGACUCUCCUUACAUCCUCGAACGGCUCGAGCCGGGCACGUCCUACGUGAUUGGCGGCAUAGUGGACAAGAAUCGUGAAAAGGGCCUUUGCCACCGACUCGCUCGCAAGCGCGGCAUACGAACAGCCAAGCUCCCCAUCAAAGAGUACAUGGUGAUGAACAGCCGACAGGUGCUAGCCACAAACCACGUCGUUGAAAUCAUGCUCAGGUGGCUCGAAUGUGGGGAUUGGGGCGCAGCGUUCCUGAAAGCGCUUCCCAAGAGAAAGGAGGCCAAGUUGAGAGACGAGGGUUCCGGCGCGGGAUCCGUAGAACCAGAGGAAGAGAGGGAUGCCGAGGAUGAAGAGGGGGAUGAAGAAGAUGCCGAGGGUGAUGAGGAAGCCAUGGCCGAUGCGCCUACUACGAGCAAAGAGGACGUAGACGACGAAGCUACGGGUUAA